AUGGAUGAUGACCGGGAGAUAAACGAAGCCCACCACGGCGCACACUUGCGACCCGACCCGUUCGCAAAGAAGCGUAGCUUCACGUCCGCCAUCCUCGCCACCGCUGUAUUCCGUUGUUGGCAUAUUCUUCUUUUCUUCGGAGCGUGGUCGACGGCCAUCUGUCUUAUCUCAAACUAUCUCGUCGAUCUUGGCAUCCAGUCGACGCUGCUCACUGUACUGGGUACCGUUCUAGGUUUCGUCAUAUCAUACCGCACGACGUCCAGCUUUGAGCGCUACAAUGAGGGUAGACGGUACUGGAGUCAGAUCGUCCUUGCGUCGCGUACCUUCGCUCGCUUGGUGUGGUUCCACGUUCCUGCUUCCAUGACACUCCCCGGCGUGACAAGUCCCGAGGAAACGGCGGCCCGUGUUCUCCUCGAGAAAAAGACCGUGAUCAACUUGACCGAGGCAUUUGCAGUCGCUGUGAAGCACUACUUGCGCGGCGAAGAGGGCAUCUACUACGUCGACCUCUAUCACUUGGUCAAAUUCUUGCCUUCAUAUGCUCUUCCGGCUGGAUUGCCCUCGCAGACCGAUCUUCAUUCGCCAUCCUCCCCGAAUCGUCCUCAUGACCCCAGCGCGCUCCUCAACAGGCGCCCUAGCAAAAGCAGUUUCUCCAGCCGGACCACUAGCAUCUCCAACCACGGUGGUCGUGGCCGUAAGGCCAGUGAUGCCGGUCGCCCUGGCCCUGGACUUGACACCAUUCUUGCUAGUCAGCCGUCGAGCAUGCCCCAUCUACCUCUGCCGGCGACGACACCGGGCACUCAAACCCGUCCGGAUAACAUCACUCUCCCGGCCCCCACGGAGAAGGAGCUGUUGCGCGAGAUGGAGACCGAGAAGACACCCAUGCGUCAGAAGGCCGCCGAGCUCGGACUGACGGUGACCACACCCACAGCCAGUGCGCCACGCAAGAGUCUGGGCGGCAAGUCGUCCCUCGCUAACGACGCGAACAUCGAGGAGUACCUACUUCCAAGCCGUAUGCCGCCCAAAUACAGCUACUUCGACAUCUUCCCCUUCUCGCUUCUCGUACGGUUCCUCACGAAGCGUGGUAAGGAAGUCAAGGGCAAGAAGGGUGCAAGACUUCGCGCCAAACUCAGGUCAAAGGCCGUGCAAACCCACAAUCUGCCCCUGGAGAUCAGUCUGUAUCUCAGCAGCUAUGUCGCAGCCCUUCAACAGCGCAAGGCCAUUGACCCGCCGACUACCACUCUGCUUUUGGCAACCAUCCAGCAGCUCGUCGAUGCUCUGACAGGUCUCGAGCGUAUCCUGACUACGCCGAUCCCAUUCAGUUACUCCGUCCAUCUCUGGACCGUUACGCUCGUAUAUUGUUUCUUCCUGCCCUUCCAGCUUUGGAAGUUCUUGGGAUGGGUCACUAUUCCAGGUACCACCAUAGCCAGCUUCAUAUUCUUCGGUUUCAUUGUCGCCGGUGAGGAGAUCGAGAACCCCUUCGGUUACGACAAAAACGACUUGAACAUGGACCACUUCACGCAUAACAUCAUUCGUGCAGAGCUUCGCGCCAUUACUGCCGCUCCUGCCCCAGACCCGUCCCUAUGGGCUUUCUCCCCUCUCAAUGAUGCCGUCUUCGCCCCCGAUGCCGGCUUCACUGGUGGGAGCACCAGCCCGCGCGGUCCUCUCUCCCGGGUCGAGCAGGAACGUGGCACACCCGAAGAGUGGAUCUCGCGCGGCAAGAGCGAUAUGCUGCGCGCUAUGGCUAUCGGCGCUCUGUGA